CCCUCUCUCUUUCUCUUAGUUCGGCCUCCCCUUUCUUCCUCUCUUUGCCUCUCGCUGUUACCCCCUGCCUUCCUCCUGUUCUUUCGCGGUCUCUCUACCUUCCUCGACGUCUCGUCCGCCUUCGCCUGCCACAAUGAUUGUUUCUUUUGCUCACGCUCGCCAUUGUCCGCCUUUUUCGUUCCACUACGUUCGUACAUCGCAGCUCUCGAUAAUGGAGAAUUCGUCUUUGCUUUCACCGUCGCCACCGCUUCUUCUCACCGCGCGUUAAUAGUGAGUGAUAAGAACAUAAUCGCGCCGUCGUGUCAAGUGCCGCGACGUGUCGCACCCGCGAAUCGGUCUGUGCCCUCCGCCGGUAGACCCCAGAGGUUAGGGCGGCAGUCGAUGACUCGGGAGCACCCGUUUCGCUGGUAAGGGUGAGGAAAUCGGCCACAAGGAUCGCGAUAUCCGUUAAAUGUCUGAUACGUGCCACGUUGGUCGCAUCUCGGUUGCUUAGUGACCGAAAUUCGCGACGUGCCGCUUGCGAAACUUGCAGGGUGAGUUGACAUGCAGCAAGGAUGGUAUCACGAAAGAGUGGAGUAAUCCAGAAAAGACUUCACGGGAGCGAAGUGAAAGAAUGAGAGACGGUUGGAGCUACGACACCGUUACAGCAACGCCAAAGUACCGGACGAACUAAGCGAAUCUCCAGGCGAGGCUAGAGAUUGUCGAAAUACCAAGUGAAUCGAGAAAUUGUGCAAGUACCGGUUGUCCUGAACAAACCUCGAAGAGUCGACAUACCGGGGCACGAAUAACGCAUCAGGUUGGAUAUUUGAAGCUGCGUGUAAAAUCAGUCGUGAAUCGACGAAUGCCCGAAGCGAUUCGGCUUCUUUUCACCUUCUGCCUCGAGAGACCUCAAGUUUCGACGAGGCUAUAAUGUGAAUCCUGACACGAGUAUCGACAUCAAACGUUUGACCGGCCGAGGGGUGCUUCGAGACGUUCUCCAACGUCCCUUAAUCGUAUAAGGAUAUACUGUAGUUCUUGUGCUGGGAAAUCUUGACAAGACGAGGGGGAAAGCGGUCGUCCGUGUUUGUCGCGGAUCUUGACCGCCGGUGGUGAUAUCUCGGCAUACUCGCGGAAGGGUAGACGUUCGCGAGCGCCGUUGAAGUUUCGCGAAUUGAGGGGUACGGCCGGUGGUCGGUACGAAAGCUUCAAGAUUGCUCGAAAACCGUCGCGCGAGGUGCGCAGGAGUGGAGGAGCUGCGGAAAUAGGGGGUGCCGGCGUAAUGCAGCGGGUGGGCGCAGCCGGGGGGCCCGGGCCCAUCGGCUUCCAGGGCCCUCCAAGAUCAUUGAAGAUCUCGCCGGUGAAUAUACAGGACGAGCCCAGCGAUCCUACGCAGAAAGGCAGGAGCUCGCUCUGUGUCGGCUGCGGCGGCCGAAUACACGACCAGUGGAUCCUGAGGGUAGCGCCUAAUCUGGAGUGGCACGCGGCGUGUUUGAAAUGCGCCGAGUGCCAACAGUUCCUGGACGAGAAGUGCACCUGCUUCGUGCGGGACGGCAAAACCUACUGCAAGCGCGAUUACGUUAGGUUGUUCGGCACAAAGUGCGACAAGUGUAGCCAGUGCUUUAGCAAAAACGACUACGUGAUGAGGGCGAAAACCAAGAUCUACCACGUGGAGUGUUUCCGAUGUUGCGCUUGCAUGAGGCGACUCGAGACCGGCGACGAAUUCGCUCUGAGGCAAGACGGCCUUUUCUGCCGGCACGAUCACGACGUUCUCGAGGGUGGCAAGCACUGUACCGGGGCCACCGGUAUACCCGGAAGCGAGAACAACAACAAUGCUUCCCUGACGAAUAACAAUCAUCAUUUGCACCCAAACGACGGCUCGAUGUCAGAUUCAGGAUCCGAGAGUGGAUCGCACAAGGCCGGCGUCGGCGGUGUUCGCGGCUCGGGUAGCCACAAAAGCGGCGGCGGGUCCGACGGAAAACCAACGCGAGUGCGCACAGUCCUGAACGAGAAGCAGCUACACACCCUCAGGACCUGCUACGCCGCGAAUCCGCGACCGGACGCACUUAUGAAGGAGCAGCUCGUCGAAAUGACCGGCCUGAGCCCGCGGGUGAUCAGGGUAUGGUUCCAGAAUAAGAGAUGCAAAGACAAGAAGAAGACUAUCGCCCUGAAGCAGCAGAUGCAAGAGAAGCGCUUUUCAUUGCAGGACGGGCGUAAGUUGGGCUUCGGAGGUAUGCAUGGGAUUCCCAUGAUUGCCAGCAGCCCCGUGAGACACGACAGUUCUAUCGGGGUGACGGCUUUGGAAGUUCACGCGUAUCAACCGCCGUGGAAAGCGCUGUCGGACUUUGCGCUUCACACGGACUUGGAUCGAUUGGACACCAACGCGCCAUCUUUCCAUAAUUUGGUGUCGCAGAUGCAUGGAUACGACCUGCACGGCGGCCCGCCGCCGCAAUUGCCACCUCCGGGGAUGCUCGGUGGACCGAUGAACGAUGGUGGGGGUGGACCGUUACCGCCUCCGGGACCUCAUCACCCGGGUAGCGGCGGACCGGACAUGGGCCAGCAUCCCGACAGCACCGACAGCUACGUGACCUACGUGGAGAGUGACAGUGAUUCGUUCCACCACGACACGGGUAGUCCAUAGUGUCGUGCGAUCUGCGCGCGUCUCGAAAAAUGCAGAGUAACACCUUCGCCGCCUUUCGCGUUUGUCGCGAUUCUCGUCGUAGUGCUUGUCGCGACGGUGAGAUGCUUGCAACGGCGGAUGCAGUAAAAGAGGAACUGAAACCGGAAGCUCGCCGCGCCGGGAAAGACCUCUCCGUCGUGCGACCUGCGGGUCUCGUCUGCGAUUUUGCGAUGUGGCGAUAAUCAAAUGGGUCUCCCGUGCCGCCGCAGCUAUCACCAACGAUGGAGCUCUGAUUAUAAACGGGACACGUUGGGAUUCGUGAGACUACUGGAAAACCGCAACGAUGAUCACGCGAUGAUUACAUUGAUAAAACGGACGGGAAAUAACAUUGCCCUCUCCGCACGAAUUGUCAUGUACGAGUAACGUAUUUCCUUCCUGGAUUUCUUUGAAAUAUUAAAAUGGCUCAAGACAAAUAUUCCUAGGCAUGAGAUUAUUUCGUUGGGAGCAUUUGGAAGCUCUUACGGGGACUCGUUAAGUGCGUCGGACGAUUGAUGAUUUUAUCGACACAAAAUACGCAAUCUUAUUAUGUAGAUACGAAAUCAAACGAUUACCUGAAAGAUGGUAAAACGUGCUGGAUACCGAUGAUAGAUAUUUUGAUUGAAUAUAACAUUUACGGUUUUGUUACUAUAAAAAAAGUUAAAAUAUAGCUAAAACUCCGACGAACUUCUGCGAGCACCUAAUAAAAAUUUAAACACGUAGAACUUGCUUUUAUAUUCUGUGUUACCGAUCGUAUUUGAAAUCACUGGUGAUGCUCCUCAAGUCGGUCACAAAUUAGACGUUCAAAGUUGAACGUUUAGAAUUUGUCCCGAAAAUUGAAAACACGUUUAAAAAUCUGAUAUGGUCGAGCACUAAUAAAGUUACAUGGUCAAAGACUGAAAAAGAAACCAAAUUUUAAAUUUUGGUUUGUAAUUUUCAAAUUUCGAUCUGCAUUGUUGAAAUCGAGUGAAUCAGCAUUCCGUUCUUGACGCAAUCUCAAUCUCUCGUGUGUCGUCUAAUAUCGACUUUAGAGCGAGCGUUACGUUAUUUCGAUUCCCAUCGUUAUAUUUCUUUAGUACGUAGAGUUUCUACAUAUUUAUUGUUCACGUUGCGUUAUAACGAUACGAGAAAAAUUCGCUCCGUUACCCCUAAAGUUAUAAUAGCAGUUUCGCUGAGAGAACUUGCGAAUAGCUUGCAAGCAUGCGUCGUUAACUGCCUGUAAAUAAAAAAGACAAACAAGAGACGACUCGACAUAUUCAGACACAGGAAAUACACUGUACAUAAAUCGCUAAUUGCUGUAAAUUUGAGCAAUAUUAAUUACAUGGUGUACCCAGACGCAAGUAGCGUAGAAAACAUGAAUAGUGGAAUAUAUAUUAAAUUUACAUUAAUGAUUGCGCAUUAUUCCCCAAUUACGUUGAGUUUCACGAAGGCUGAAAUACGCUUGCAAAAAAAUUGCUAAUGCCACGUGCUACAUUGUUUAGUCCAUCUUCUUCGAAACGAGGAAGUUGCCGUUAUCGUCAUUGAUAUUCUAUCUCUCUCUUUCCUUUCCACUCUCCCUUACUCCAUCUUUUCUCUUUCUCCCCCAAUUUCGUAUGUCUAAAUAAAACGGUCCUGUGUGACAAGCGUGUCUUGAUUUGUUCAAAUUGAACAGGCGUUUGUGCGCUUCUUGUCAGGAAAGAAGUGAUAUCUCUCUACUUAUUUUCAACAUAAGAAAAAUAAAUCUUUGUAUCGAACAAAAUCGAUGUCUCUCGGCGAAAGGCAGUUCGUGGAAAAACUUAAUUGGGAUUUGCUCUAUGAACUUCAAUGAAUGCCGAAAUCAGAGAUUAUACACAUAUCGCACAUAUCUUUCACUGAUGUUUAAUUUAUUUCUAUUUCUUCCUAUGUCUACUUGUUGGUAUUAAAUUUUAUGAGCGCAGUUGAGCAUUAAAAAAAAAGAAAGGAUCCGUUAGUAAAAAAUAGAGAAAGAUAACGCAUAAUCAAUUUUUUCUGUUUUACGUUUGGCGCGUGGUGGUUACGUUAUAACGCGGGGACUUCGGCGUAUUGAGAAUAGAAAAAAUCACACAGAGAGGUGUACAUAAGUUCCGAAUAAAAUAUUUGAAUGAAUACAUUUCAUAUCACACUUUACACUGUCAGUCCAAAUGUUUAGUUAAACGUUUUAGACAGGUUCCACAAAAAACGCGCACAAGGCGUGCAAGUCCACCUUGCACGAGCGAUUUGCAAUUUUUUAACAACAUAACUUUAAUGUUAUUUCUGUAUUAUCUCGGACGCGUUGCGAAUUCGCAUUAUCGAGAUUGCAAUUGUUUCUUGCAAACCUCUUUCCGCCUGACACCCUAAGGUCGUCGUCGUUACCAUGACAUCCUUUUUAGAAAUGCGCGCGAACGAAGGAGCUACGUCGCGAGAUACUUUCGAUACCAAAGCGUGCAAAAAGCUUAGCGAGAUGGGAAACGCAUUCGUUACUGUACAUAAUGCUCUCUCUUCGGCUAGUUAUUAAUUAGCUAUUCGUUUAGUGGAAGCAGCGAUAGACCGCCACCAUAUAGUAUGCACAAUGUGUGGCUAGCCUUUCUGGAUGUCUGUAUAGAACCGUUGUACAUCGCUCUCUUGUAUGUACAUGGUUAAAAGGAAAAAAAAGAAGAAGAGGUAGAGAGAAGAAUAACACAAAAAUCAUGUAGAUCUAAUGUUUCGUAACUCGUUCGAACAUUUCCGAAUUUGUAUGAUAUUUCUAUACUGGCACACUGUAUGUAAUAAACUGUCGAACAAAAAACA